AUGCCGUAUCAACUCUGGCCUAUUCGUCCUAACGAAUUUGUCCCCGAACGUACCUUUCAAUGGGAACGAUUUGUCUAUUUAAUAAUUAAUGGAAGAGGGAAACAGGGAGGAAUAUUGCCAAAUAUACUUGAGGAGGAUUAUCUGGAACAAAUUGAAUUUUUAGAGAAUGAUUUACCUAGCAGGGUUGUUAUUAAAUUAUUGAAUGGAUGGAAGGAUGAAAUAUUAGUUAAUGGACAAAAGAUUAAUGGAAUAAGUAUGGAAGGAUUAGGAAAGGAUGGAUUGCUACGUUUUGAGGAUUUAUGCCUAAAUUGGAAUGGCAUUUGUUCUAGACAGUCAGGAAUUAUUCAGCUCCUUAAAAAAAGACACGAAUUACAAUCUCAAGGAAUUGAUGUUACCUUCCCUAGAGCAAAUACUCGAGGAAAUCCAAUUUAUUUAGCAUUCAAUAUUGGAGGUGUUAGUACUUUUGCGCCUAUAAACGAUACAAUCAAGGCACGUUUAUUUUCUUAUAUUCGUUUGAAUUUAAUAUGGAUACUUCAUUUUUAUCUUAUAAGGACUAGAAUUGCCACAAUUAUGUAA